GGGAAGAGAACAAGGGAAAAGACAGAAAGUGCACGUCAGAACAAGCCUGUUGGUUGGGCUGUGGUGGUGGAUGGGUGGAGAGCUCCAAGGGGAAUCCUUCUCAUCCAUAUCUCUCUUUCUCUCUCUCUCAUGCACACAUACACAUGUCUUAAAAUUAGUCUCCCUUUUAACAUACACAAAACUGAGUUUAAUUGGUUUUCUAAGGGCUUUUGUUGAAUUUUCUUGCUGUUUGUUGACAACCCACUGACCACCAAGCAAAACCAAAGUGCCUCUUGAAACAUAAAAUUAAGAGACUGCUCUGGCUAAAAGGGUUUGAAGGUAGAGAGAAGACAAAUCAUCAAGAGGAGAAUUGGUUGGUUGAAUUUGUGUGAAGCUGAAGAGAAUAUCUUUCUGAAUUAGGGUUUGCACUCAGAUCUAAACCCUGUCACAGAUGUGAAAGCUGAGAUCUUGUAAGUGGUGGAGGAGAUGAUGAAAGGUUUGAUGGGGGAUGAGAAUAUGUCCAAUUUGACCUGUGCAUCUGGUGAUUUAAGUGCUUCCAAUUCAAGUAUCAGAAAUGAGUCAUCAUCAGCUGGCACACUGUACCCUCAGCAGCAAUCCUCAUCAGCAAAUGAUAUUCAGCAGCCGCAGCAGCCACCACCGCCAAAGAAGAAGAGAAAUCUUCCAGGCAACCCAGACCCAGAUGCUGAAGUGAUAGCCUUGUCUCCCAAAUCACUCAUGGCAACAAAUAGAUUCCUAUGUGAGAUCUGCAACAAAGGGUUUCAGAGAGAACAGAACCUUCAGCUUCAUAGAAGAGGGCACAAUUUGCCAUGGAAGCUAAAACAAAGGACAAACAAGGAGGUGAGGAAGAAGGUGUAUCUGUGCCCAGAACCAACAUGUGUCCACCAUGACCCAUCAAGGGCACUUGGGGACCUCACCGGGAUCAAGAAGCACUUCUGUAGAAAGCAUGGUGAGAAGAAGUGGAAGUGUGAGAAAUGCUCAAAGCGCUAUGCGGUUCAGUCAGAUUGGAAAGCUCACUCCAAGAUCUGUGGCACAAGGGAGUAUAGAUGUGACUGUGGAACCCUUUUCUCUAGGAGGGACAGUUUCAUCACCCACAGAGCCUUCUGUGAUGCUUUAGCACAAGAGAACAGUACAAGUACUGCAGCUAGAUCAGCAAUGCCAGCUUCAAUAAACCCUCUUCUCUCCUCUCUCCCCCAACUCCAUACCCAUGGCCUCCAAGGUCUCUCAGUGAAGAGAGAGCAGGACCAGCAGCAGCAGCUACUUCCGCCAUGGCUCUCUUGCUUGCCCGAAGGCGAAGCCACCGCUCCAUCCGGCCUUCCUUCCAUGAACAUGUCCUCACCAUUAUUCUCCACUUCCUCAUUCCAGCAAUAUUAUUCUUUUGAUCAUCAAAACCCUAACCCUAGCAGCAGCUCCACCACCACACUCCCUGAUUUCCAGCAACCCCAUACAGCUUCUCCUCACAUGUCUGCAACUGCUUUGCUUCAAAAGGCUUCAGAGAUGGGUGCCACAAUCAGCAAGCCUUCCCAUUCCCCAAUGUUUCUCAAGCCACCCAGCCACCAAGCUCACGUGUCCAAUGAAGCAUUCGAUGAUGGGUUUGGGAGCAAUGAUAAUAAAUCUUCUCUUUUGCAUGAUAUGAUGAUGAUGACUAAUAGCUUUGGAGAUCAACAAGUUUCAUCAGCGUUUGGAGAUCAUCGCCAGGCUUUCAAUGGGAUUAUGGUGGACGGUAAUAAUAAUUUUGUUGAGAUUAACAAUAAUAAUAAUAAUAUUAAUCCUUCGAAGAAUUACAAAAGCAUGGAAUUAGCGCAACUUGGGAGGAGCGGUACUGAUAACAACAAUAACGAUGAGGGCUUGACAAGAGAUUUCUUGGGUCUUCGAGCACCAUUUUCUUCAUCGUCGGCGGCGGCGGCGGCGGCGGCGGCAGCAUCCCAUGGCCAUGGGGAUUUUUUCAAUAUUAAUAUGGCCGGGCUUGAUCACCAUGUCAAUUCUUCUUCUUCUUCAGCUUACACUGGACAGCAGAGUGAUCACAAGAACCAAACAUCAUGGCAAGGUUAGCUUAUAUAUCUAUGUAUAUUUGGAUAUCAUGGGCUCCUUUGAUCAGUUGAUAUUGAUCAUUUUUAGCAUGUAGUCAUUUUCCUUCCCUUGUAGAGAGAGAAAGAGAGAGAGCAAUUACAACCUAUCUGGGUAAUAGGCUAUUUUGAAUGGUGUUCGAAAGCUUGCACCAUUCACUUUUUUUUUUUUUUUUU